CGCGUCUGGGCCGGGCCCAGGGUGGGAGCCGCCCCCGGCAGAGGAGGCCCUGGAGGGGGGCGUGUUUGGCCGUAACCCUGGAAACCAGCAGCGGCCGCAGUUUCUUUGGCAAGCGGCACUUCGGCUGCGGGCGGGGAUUUAAUAGACAUGUCGGACAUAGCUAAGGAUAAGGCAGCACGCCUGUUAAAGAAAAGAGGCAGCGUAUCCUCUCUAAGCAGUCAUGAAGUCAGAGCAAAAGAAAUCAUUGGAAAAAACAAAGACUCCAUGAGUACAGUAUCUUAUAUGGAUGAACCUGGCCAUGAAAUUCCUCGUCUUGCCAUUCAGUUGGAGAACACUUAUCAGCUGGGUCCUGCAAAACGUUUUCCAGUGGUCACAGUAAAUAAUAUUUUGAAGGAUGUGCUGACUAAUUAUCUUCAAGAAGAAAAAUAUGAAGCAGAGCUAUGCAGACAAAUGACCAAGACCAUCUCUGAGGUUAUUAAGGCUCGGGUAAAAGACCUUAUGAUACCAAGGUACAAAAUUAUUGUGAUUGUACAUAUUGGACAACUAAAUGAACAGAGCAUGCGAAUUGGAAGCAGAUGCAUUUGGGAUCCUGCGAGUGAUACGUUUUCAUCAUAUGCUUUCAAAAAUACCUCACUGUUUGGUCUUGCAAAUGUCUAUGCUGUUUAUUUUGAAUAAUGAAAAGCUCGAGUUUAUCAGUGGAAGAAAAAUAUCUAACUUAUCAUGUUUAUAUUGUAGAAAAACUGUUAGAAGACAGUCAGUUUACAUUUGUUUUAAAAUGGGGGAAAUGAGCCUUUCAGUGGUAAAUGUAAUAAUCAUGCACACUUAAACCAUUUUCUACUCUUGCUACUUUCCACAGGAAAUAAUUCAUACUAAAAUGACAUUUUGCACCUGACUCUUUAAUUGUUUUUUAGAACCACAUAUCACUGUAUUAGCUUGUAUCAUUGUUAUUUGCUCUAAUUAAAUCCUGGUCCUCAGUUUCAGUCCCAAGUAAAAGGGCUUUGUGCAGAAGGCCAAUAUGGGAUUUGCAGAAGUAAAAAAAAAUCCUUCCCUUCCGCCCUCAUCUUGGAGUUAAAAUGUUGGGCAGCUGCACAACCAUGUCAUGAGCUGUGACCAGUACCCUAAAAGGUUUUACAAGUGGGAGAUCCACACAACUCAUUGUCUUCAGCCCUCCUCUGGCAGAGGAACUGUCCAUGUCCACCCCCUUCUCAUGUGGCAUCUCUGGCUCAAUUUCCCCAAUGGAAU